AUUAUUAUCGCUAGUUUUUAUUCUUAAAUUAAUAUCUGAAACCUAAAUUAACAGACUCCAAAAUUAUUCAAUGGGUUUGAAACAACAGCCAAACCAAAAUAACUGUUUAGUUUUACAGGGGACAGAAGGCCACUUAUGCACAUUCUAUAUUUUGAAAACCCUAGAUAUACAUGAUUCAAAUAUUUUCGCUUUGAUUUCUUGCAGGCCAUGUUCAAGUCUAAUCGGGGUACUGUCAGUGGAUAUUUCUUGGCUGGGAGAUUUAUGACAUGGCUUCCAGUUGGUGCAUCACUGUUUGCAAGUAAUAUCGGCAGUGAACACUUCAUUGGCUUGGCAGGAUCAGGAGCUGCUGGUGGAAUAGGAGUUGGAGCAUUUGAAUUUAAUGCUAUAAUGCUGCUUCAGUUGCUUGGUUGGGUGUUUUUACCUGUCUAUAUUGCUGGUGGGAUUUGCACCUUACCAGAAUAUAUUUGCCGUCGCUUUGGUGGCAAAAGGCUGAGAAUGUGGCUUUCGGUCGUCUCUCUUCUAUUGUACAUCUUCACCAAAAUAUCUGUCAAUUUAUUUUCUGGAGCUUUGUUUAUUCGCCUAGCUCUUGGAUGGAACCUUUAUUUGGCAAUUCUGUUGAUGCUUGGAAUGACAUGUCUCUGUACAAUUACUGGUGGACUUACAGCAGUGAUCUACACAGAUACACUCUGCACCUUUCUAAUGGUUACAGGAUCGUUAACAGUCAUGGGACUUGGUAAUUUUGUUUGUCAUGCUACAAAAUAAAAGUAUUCUUUUUGUGAUGGUGUUAUCAUC